AUGGCGGGUAACGACUGGAUAAACAGUUACUUGGAGGCGAUAUUGGAUGUGGGUCCAAACUUAGACGACGCCAAAGCGUCGCUGUUGCUCCGGGAACGAGGGAGGUUCAGCCCAACGAGGUAUUUCGUGGAGGAGGUCAUCACUGGAUUCGAUGAAACUGAUCUCCACCGUUCCUGGGUUAAGGCUCAAGCAACAAGGAGUCCUCAGGAGAGGAACACGAGAUUGGAGAAUAUGUGUUGGCGGAUUUGGAAUUUGGCUCGUCAAAAGAAACAGCUUGAGGGAGAGUUGGCCCAGCGAAAGGCUAAACGCCGUCUUGAACGUGAAAGAGGCCGCAGAGAAGCAACUGCUGAUAUGUCUGAAGACUUAUCAGAAGGGGAGAAAGGAGAUAUUGUCAGCGACAUAUCAGGUCAUGGUGAGAGCAACAAAGGCAGACUGCCUAGAAUAAAUUCUGUUGAUGCAAUGGAGACUUGGGCUAGUCAACAGAAGGGAAAAAAGCUAUACAUUGUAUUAAUAAGCAUUCAUGGUCUAAUUCGAGGUGAAAAUAUGGAGCUUGGUCGGGAUUCUGAUACUGGUGGUCAGGUUAAGUAUGUUGUGGAACUUGCUAGGGCUUUGGGCUCAAUGCCAGGAGUUUAUCGGGUUGAUUUGCUGACUAGGCAGGUAGCAUCACCAGAUGUAGAUUGGAGCUAUGGUGAACCCACAGAAAUGCUUACACCAAGAAAUUCAGAAAAUUUCCUGGAUGAGAUGGGAGAGAGCAGUGGUGCUUAUAUUGUCCGAAUACCAUUUGGCCCUAGGGAUAAAUAUAUUCCCAAAGAACUUUUGUGGCCUCACAUCCCCGAAUUUGUUGACGGUGCACUUAACCACAUAAUACAGAUGUCCAAUGUUCUGGGUGAGCAAAUUGGUAGUGGGAAACCAGUUUGGCCUGUAGCCAUCCAUGGUCAUUAUGCAGAUGCAGGUGACUCUGCUGCUCUUCUAUCUGGUGCAUUAAAUGUACCGAUGCUUUUUACUGGCCACUCACUUGGCCGAGACAAGUUAGAACAACUCUUAAAGCAGGGCCGCUUAUCAAGAGAUGAAAUAAAUACAACAUACAAAAUUAUGCGCCGAAUAGAGGCUGAAGAAUUAUCUCUUGAUGCCUCUGAAAUAGUCAUAACCAGUACUAGACAGGAGAUAGAUGAGCAGUGGCGUUUAUAUGAUGGUUUUGAUCCAGUCCUGGAGCGUAAACUGCGUGCAAGGAUCAGGCGUAAUGUCAGCUGCUAUGGAAGGUUCAUGCCUCGCAUGGUUAUAAUUCCUCCUGGAAUGGAGUUCCAUCAUAUUGUUCCACAAGACGGUGAUAUGGAUGGUGAAACAGAAGGACAUGAAGAACAUCCAUCUUCCCCAGAUCCGCCCAUCUGGUCCGAGAUAAUGCGCUUCUUCACCAAUCCUCGCAAGCCUAUGAUACUUGCCCUUGCUAGGCCAGAUCCCAAAAAGAACAUCACGACUUUGGUCAAAGCCUUUGGAGAAUGUCGUCCUCUAAGAGAGCUUGCAAACCUUACAUUAAUCAUGGGGAACAGAGAUGGAAUUGAUGAAAUGUCAAGCACAAAUUCUUCUGUUCUUCUCUCAGUACUUAAGCUUAUUGACAAAUAUGACCUUUAUGGACAAGUGGCAUAUCCUAAACACCAUAAACAGUUUGAGGUUCCUGACAUUUAUCGUCUAGCAGCGAAGACAAAGGGUGUUUUCAUUAAUCCAGCUUUUAUUGAACCAUUUGGCCUUACUUUAAUCGAGGCAGCAGCUCAUGGUUUGCCUCUGGUUGCCACCAAAAAUGGAGGUCCUGUUGAUAUACUUCGGGUGCUUGACAAUGGUCUUCUUAUCGAUCCUCAUGAUCAGCAAUCUAUUGCUGAUGCCCUUCUAAAGCUUGUUGCAGACAAGCAGCUCUGGGCUAGAUGCCGCCAAAAUGGUUUGAAGAACAUUCACCUAUUUUCAUGGCCAGAGCACUGUAAAACUUACUUAUCUCGAAUUGCUACUUGUAAACCGAGGCAUCCACAGUGGCAAAGGAGUGAUGAUGGAGGUGAAACUUCAGAAUCAGAUUCACCAAGUGAUUCCUUGAGAGAUAUACAGGAUAUUUCUUUGAACCUGAGGUUUUCUUUGGAUGGGGAUAGGAGUGGAGCUAGUGGAAAAGAUAAUUCUUUAGACACAGAAGGAAGUGCCGCUGACAGAAAGAGUAAGUUAGAGAAUGCUGUUUUAUCAUGGUCAAGGGGUGUUUUAAAAGAUCAAAGGAAGGCUGGAUCUGCAGACAGAACAGACCAUAGUUCCAGCUCAGGAAAGUUCCCAGCAUUGAGGAGGAGGAAACAUAUCUUUGUCAUUGCUGUGGACUGUGAUUCCGAUGAAGAUCUUCUUGAUGCCAUUAGAAAGAUUUUUGAAGCUGUGGGAAAAGAAAGAACUGAAGGCUCUAUAGGUUUUAUAUUGUCAACAUUCAUGACAAUAUCUGAGAUACACUCUUUUCUGACAUCUGGAGGCUUUAACCCUAAUGAUUUUGAUGCUUUCAUCUGCAAUAGUGGCAGUGACCUCUACUAUUCAAAUAUUAAUCCUGAAGAUGGUCCCUUUGUAAUUGACUUUUAUUACCACUCGCACAUUGAGUAUCGUUGGGGUGGGGAAGGAUUGAGAAAGACUUUGGUCCGUUGGGCAGGAUCGAUUACUGAUAAGAAGGCAGGGAAUGAGGAGCAGAUUGUUACUGCUGCUGAACAGCUUUCAACCAAUUACUGUUAUGCUUUUAGAGCAAAAAAUGCAGCAAUGGUAACCCCUGUUAAGGAGCUUCGGAAGUCGCUGAGAAUUCAAGCUCUCCGUUGUAAUGCUAUUUAUUGUCAAAAUGGAACCAGGAUAAAUGUAAUUCCAGUGUUGGCAUCUCGUUCCCAAGCCCUCAGGUAUUUGUACGUUCGGUGGGGUGUUGAACUGUCAAAGAUGGUGGUUUUCGUUGGAGACUCUGGGGAUACAGAUUAUGAAGGGUUGCUUGGUGGGACGCAUAAAAGUGUAAUAUUGAAGGGAAUUUGCAGCAGUGCAAGCAAUCAAUUGCAUGCCAACAGAAAUUAUCCGCUCUCUGAUGUCAUGCCUGUUGACAGCCCCAACAUUGUUCAGACAUCUCAAGACUGCACCAGCUCUGACGUCCGUGAUUCCUUGGAGAAUCUACUCAAGGGCUAGAAAAGUCACGACCAGAGCUUCUCUUUUUCUCUGGCUCCUGCUCAGGAGUCAUAAGCAUUGUCCUGCUGUUAGUAGUUUUUCUCCCCUGGAACAUUAAAACCAAUCUAAAUAUGUUUCCCUCAGAUCUGUACAUUCCUCCAAAACGUCCAUUUGCGGAUUGCUGAUAUAGCAAAUAAGUUUGAUCACCAGCUAAAUUGUAUGGGUGUUGUAUCAUUUAAAAUGUGGGUGCCUGCCUGUCUUGCUAUCAUAAUUAUCCAACGGGAAUGUGAUAA